UGGUGUGAGGUUUUAAAUUCCAGUUUGCUUUGACAACACAAAAAAAUUAAAGCAUUUGGCCUUGUUUGAGGCAUUGCCAUUCAGUUUUCUUAAAUCAGCUAACUAUAAAAGCAAGUCAAUUUUCAAUAAUAUUCUCGGUCCACGUAUGAAAUGGAUUGGUUAGCUUUAACCUCUUAUCUUCUGUGGUUCUUUGCCGCCUUUAAGAAUCCGUUCGUGCAUAUAUGGCUAAGACUGGAAGGAUCUCAGUAUUACAUUCGUAUCGCUAUCCCCGAGGUAUUUAAACCGCCCUACAACUCAGUCCUUGAUUCGAGCUUUCUGCAUAAGCGUCCAAUGCAGAAGUAUGGCGAUCCUUUUGAGGAUGGUGUAAACGCAGAAGAUGGGGAUGAGUAUAUUGGCAUGGGUAAGACUAAAUAUAAAUGGCAAUGGAAAAAAGGAGAGUUACCUAAUACAGAGAAUAACAAGCAAAGUCUGCCGAUCUUCUGGGUGAAUCUUAGCAAAUCCCUGAAAUUGGUGGCCUACGAUAAUCCCAAGUCUGUCUAUCUGCGCUAUGAGAGAACUUACAAUGGAAAGAAUCGUGUUACCUGGAUCAAUAUUAUUGCUGCCAGCCACUUGCUUUGGAUUGCCUAUUUGAUCGCCUUGGGCAUCGGGGUAGUUGCGAUGGCCAUCUAUAUGCUGUGCGGCAUUGUGAGAUCUGCAGUAAAUCUGGUAAAUAAAAUCGAUGUGUUGUGCGUUCGGGAGAUUAUACGCAUAUUGCCACAGAUAAGUCACCUGGAAGCCAUGACAUUGCUAAAAUCAUUGCUUCAGCGCUUUGGGGAAAACCAGCUGGAAGCGUUUCCUGCCGACCCUAGUGAAGAUGUCCAGUUGAAUGUCGAGAGUUCCGAAAGCCCAUCUGAUGUCAGUCCUACGGCUUAUCCAUCUUCGAGAACAUCUGACAGGUCCAAAAUUCAAGAAUAUCGCCAAUGGCUUAUUAAGACUCCACAUUUCGAUAACAAAUCAGGUGCAAACCGUCGGUCAUCCGACUUGGAAAGGGAAAGUCGCACCGAAUCUGAACACAAGUCAAACGCUCAACGGUCGUUAGCUAGAGAAGCAAAAAAAGAACCAAGAAUAGCUCUUAGUAUCGAGCAAAGUGAAGGGACUCUAACUGUAUCGAGCAAAAUGAUUAUUUUAUCUAAGAAAAAUCUGUUAGAGGAAGAGCUAUCGGAUAGCUCAGAUCUCUAUAUAAACAUCAAAGAAGUUCGCAAGCUUCUAGGGACUGUACGACCGACAGACUCCGAUUAUUGUGUCUCUACCGAAGACUACUCUGAAAUGUCUUCAAACGUCGAGAGCACCGAAAGGACUCUGCUUGCGGGGCAUGUGUAUGCUGAUGAUGCCGAGGGACACUUGUGUGUUGAAGAAAAUGGGCAGGGCGAUGGCGCUUGGAUAAAUGAGGAUACGAAGCGAAAUGAUAGCAUUAGCGAAUCUGAAGAACACUCGGAGAGUUCAUUUCAAUAUAACAUAGAACAAGAUCAGUCCAUAAGUAAUAUAUCCUUUUCAGACUCUUCGGAUGGGCAUUCGAGCUUACAAGAAUUCAAAGACUUUGAAGAAACCGAUAUGUCCGAAAACUUUUACUCACUCGCAGACAGCUCCGACACAUCUUCAGAUAAUUAUAGAACCACCAGCGAAACUGGAAUUGAAGUGGAAACCCUAAGCGAAGAUGAUCCACUUGAAUCGCCUAGCGAAGUUAUUGAUGAAAGCUUGUCAAACUUAGGUGCUGUCCAAGAAGGGAAUCCUUUCGGGAUUCAAGAAAUUCCAUGUGGAUCCGCAUGGAACUUACCGUCUUAUUCGAGGCGUACGAGACCACACUCGUACUAUUCUGAAACGUUCUUGCAGAUGCAAGAUUUGAUUGAGGAUGACGACUUCGAAGAUGGUUUAUGUUUCAUUGAAUGUCCUAACCCACGUUUUAGAGCUGAGGACAACUGCAGCGGGCUCUCUGAAGAUAUCUCACAAGAGACGAAAUUAGAUAGUAACUGUGAAAGUGAUAGUAUGUUGCAUAUGCAAUUUGAGAAUUUAUUAAAAAUAUCGGAUCGUUCUGAAAAUGUUCCCAAAUCGAAGCAUCUUAAUCAGGAGGAUGGCAACUGGGUCGAUUGGAGCUUGAGCGAGCAUAAUCAGAGCGGAACUAUGCGACAAUCGCAUGACGGGCAUGACGGGCAUGACUCAAAAGACUUUGAAGACUCUGAGCUCUUAGAAUACCUGGAUCUGCCACUAUCUGCUUCCUCUGAUGAGCUUUUAAAGGACACCCAGAACACUGGGUCGCAUGACUCAGAGUCAAUCGAAAACAUGUCUUUUGAUAUCGAAGAGGUCGAAGACGAUUUGGAUGAAGGAAUGGACUGCAGUGUAUCCGAUGAACCGAUGGAAACUAGUUUUAUUCAAGAAAAUAUCGAAACAUUAAGAAACUCAUUAAAGAUUGUUUAUGAUGCUGAAGCAGAUCUCAUGUAGAGUGCGGAAGUCGAACAGAAGGGUGUGUAAUGGAUCUCCCCAACUAUUUGAAGACAAAUCAAUGCCGCUGAUAAAGCAAAAUAGAAAAUAAUAUAUUGAUCGAUUCAAUCCGGAGCUCCAUCGUACACCCAAGUGUUUCAAGAUCUCAUUUAACAUCUGGAUCUUACCAUAAGCCCACCUGUUCAAUACCAUUCGCCACUCAGCUUUCUUUUUUAUCGAACCAUCCGGUUCAUUGCCACAUUAAUCGCAUAAUGCCCUAUAUGAUUCAACUUAAAUUUAUAUCGAAUUUUACAGCAUUUUUAUCCGCAUCCGCAUCCGCAUUCUUAACUAUUAUGACAAUCCUCAAGACUCAAAUUGCACCUACUCCAUUGAUCUUGUCAGGCGUCUCAGAUCCUCCAACCAAUAUACUUUGAUGUCUGCUUUCAGUAACUAUUUUCACAUCACAUUUUUGCAUGGGCUUAGAGCUACAAGUGCCUGAUUUCCGAUGUUUCACAUUGGGUUCAACCGAUCUUCAUAUAUGCCACUUGCUGAUCACUGGCUGCUCUACAUUUAUCUAUUAGUCAUGCUUCAGACUCAGCUGAUAUAGUAUACGGAGAGACAUACACGGAAUAGUCUCACAUGAGCAGCUGUCAUAUUCUGUAAGCGCACAUCCCGAUAUUACGAGCAGCCGACAUAAGAUGGGAAAGAGCAAAACCUGAUGUUGAGUCAUAGACAGCUCAGAGAUGCGAGGUGUGUAGCUGGCCUCCGGCAUUGAAUUUCUCAGCCCGGUCGCUCCGGAUGCAGCUCCGAGUCGUUGCGACUCAAAGUGAGGCGCAUAACCCACUACAGUGAUGGCCUAGAGGAAUAUAUUGAAAGUCUGGUGAACCGUAUGCUGGUGUAGAUUAUAGAACCCACAAGUGGAACUGAUGGAACACAAUGCCCAGCAGAAUCCGAAUGGAACUGUGAAAAUAACUAUCUACUUGCCCGAUUGCCAAAACCUUAGAGGUUAACUAUACAUAUAUGGAUCUAGAUCUGACUGCUUUAACUACUUUAAUGGACAUUUCA